UGUCUAAGGCGCGCUCUGUACCUGGACCCGUUCGAGUGGAUCGUGGCCUACAACCUGGGGUUGGUGCACCUCAGCACUUCGCAGUACGCCUCUGCCUUUCACCACUUGAGUGCGGCCAUCAACCUCAAGCCCGACUUCGCGGCGUCCUACAUGUACUUGGCGAUCACUCUGGCUAGAUUGGAGGACUUCGACAACGCCUGCAGUGCCUAUGACAAGGCUUUGGAGCUAGAUGACGGCGGUGGCGACUACCUGACCCAUCUCAAUUACGCGGUGACCCUGCUCAACAACGACGAGCAGGAGAGAGCCGCUGAACACUAUGCCAGCUUUAAGAAAAUAUUUGAGGCUCUCGAUCCCGAUACGGAGAGGGACCAGGAGGUGGUAGCAAGCAGUCAAGCGCUGGAAAAUUCCCUUGGAGCGUCCUCGUGACAAACAGCAGUGACGUGGUUGGUCAUGAGCGUGUGGUUGUUUUGUGUGGUGGUGCUGUUGGCAUUGUCACAUUCUGGGUUACGCUAGAAUAAUCGCAACGUAGGUUACGACAUAAUUAUGGUUCUUGUGGUGAUGAUGUUCCUGUACUUGCCGGAUGUUGGUCAUGUUUGAGGCGUUACCGCCGUUGGUUGCUGUUGCAGACUUUGUCGUUGGCCUCCAUUUCUUGAAGUCGUCACCGUUGUGGUAACAGCAUUUGAAGCGUCGUUGCGGUCAUUGUUGCAUUGGUUGUUUUCGGUGGUGUUGGUGUGGCGUGGCGGCGUUGUCGGUUCAUGUUUGGUGCGGUGUGAUUGUUGUUGCAGAGUUGUUGGUGGCGACACAGUUGACACUAAUGUUAGCGUUGGUACAAGAGGGACUACAGUACGAUGUCGCACGUGUUGCUGGCUGACCGAGUAGUCUAGUGGGUAAGCCUGUCUAACCAAGGAUGCAUGCACGGCUUCGAAUCACAGCUGGUCACUUCAAAAGC